AUGAGAGAUGAGUUUAAAAUGAAAAUAAAUAUUAAGAAAACAAAGAUCCUAAUAAGUAGUAGACGUGAAGAAGAGAGACUAAGAACAACUAACAUCGCAAUUGAUAACGAAUCAUUGCAACAAGUACAAGAAUAUAAAUACCUAGAAAGUUUAAUAACGGCAGAAGGUACUAGUAAAAAAGAGAUAGUAAGUAGAAUAAAUCAGGCAAAAUGUGCAUUCAAUAAGAAAAAGAACCUAUUCACCCCCAGAAGGAUAGAUAUUAACAUCCGAAAGAAUUUGAUUAAAACAUACGUGUGGAGUGUGGUGUUAUAUGGUAGUGAAAAUUGGACGAUCGCUAAAGCAGAAAAAAAUAGAUUAUUGGCUUUUGAAACAUGGUGUUGGGGAAGGAUGCAAGGAAUAAGCUGGAGAGAACAUAUGACAAACGAUGAGGUAUUCGCAAAACCUAAAGAACAAAGAUGUUUCAUGAAAAGUUUGAAGAAAAGAAGAACCAAACUAAUAGGAUAUAUACUAAGACAUAAGCCUAUUGAAAAGAAUUAUGGAAGGAAUGAUAGUAGGAAAGAAUGUAGUUGA